AUUUUGAAGGCGAGGGCCGGAGGUGUUGUCCUUCAUUCAGGUGGGAUUGACGCUGGUCGGGCCACAGUGUAUGCAGAUCCGUAACGCUUGGCUGAAUUUAGGGCAGUACAUGUAUGUGAUUGUGGGAAACACAGAAGUAGCCGUGUAAUUGAACACAUAUGGAUCCCAAUCGGAUAAUCCAAGCUCUGAAGGGGACGAUCGAUCCCAACCUGAGGAUAGCGGCCGAGAAUGAACUCAAUCAGUCAUACAAGAUCAUCAACUUCGCCCCCACCCUCCUCCAGAUCAUCGUGUCGGAGCAGGUGGAGUUCCCUGUUCGCCAGGCAGCCGCCAUCUACCUGAAGAACAUGGUGAGUCAGUACUGGCAGGACCGGGAGCCGUCUCUGGGCGAGGUCGUGUUUCCCUUCAACAUCCACGAGAACGACCGGCAGCAGAUCAGAGACCACAUCGUGGAGGGCAUCAUCCAGUGUCCCGAGUCCAUACGCGCCCAGCUGACGAUGUGCCUGCGCGCCAUCAUCAAGCACGACUUCCCCGGCCGCUGGACCGCCAUCGUGGACAAGAUCGGCAUGUACCUGCAGUCCCAGAACAGCGGCAGCUGGUACGGCAGCCUGCUGGCGCUCUACCAGCUGGUCAAGACUUACGAGUACAAGAAGGCGGACGAGAGGGAGCCGCUGCUGGCAGCCAUGCAGAUCUUCCUGCCUCGCAUCCAGCAGCUCAUCACCCAGCUGCUGCUGGACGCCACCAUCUUCUCUGUCCUCAUCCAGAAACAGAUCCUCAAGAUCUUCCACGCUCUCGUACAGUACUCACUGCCUCUCCAGCUGAUCAACAACACAGUGAUGACUCAGUGGAUGGAAAUCCUCAGAGCUGUGAUGGACCGAGACGUGCCUCCUGAGACGCUGGAGGUUGACGAGGACGACCGCCCGGAGCUGGUGUGGUGGAAGUGUAAGAAGUGGGCUCUGCACAUCAUCACCAGGCUGUUUGAGCGGUACGGAAGCCCCGGCAAUGUGACGAAGGAGUACUUUGAAUUUGCGGACUUCUUCCUCAAGACCUACGCAGUGGGCAUUCAGCAGGUGCUCCUGAAGGUGGUGGACCAGCACCGACAGAAGCAGUACGUCACCCCCCACGUCCUGCAGCAGUCCCUCAACUACCUCAACCAGGGCCUGUCCCACUCGCUCACCUGGAAACAGAUGAAACCGCACAUGCAGACUAUAUGCCAGGAGGUGAUCUUCCCUCUCAUGUGCUACAAAGACGAGGAUGACAAACUGUGGCAGGAGGACCCCUACGAGUACAUCCGCAUGAAAUUCAACCUGUAUGACGACCACGCCCUGCCAGCCACCGCGGCCCAGAGCCUGCUGUGUAAAGCUGCCCGCAAGAGGAAGGAGGUUCUUCCUCAGAUGAUGGAGUUCUGUCACCAGAUCCUGAUGGAGCCCUCUGCUGACCCCCGCAGGAAGGACGGGGCGCUGCACUGCAUCGGUGCUCUGGCUGAGCUCCUGCUGAAGAAGCGGAUGUACAGGGAGCAGAUGGAGCUGAUGCUGCAGAACUACGUCUUCCCCCUGCUCAACUCUCCUCUGGGUUACCUGAGAGCCCGGUCCUGUUGGGUGGUCCAUUCAGUCAACUCGUGCUGGGUGCUCCACUCCUUCAGCCCGCUGCGUUUCCACGACGAGCUGGUGCUGAGGAACGCCGUGGAGCUGGUCAAACAGGACCUGAUCGCCGACAAGGAGAUGCCCGUCAAGGUGGAGGCUGCCAUCGCUCUGCAGACGCUCGUCAGCAACCAGGAGCAAGCAAAGCUGUACAUCAGGCCGUACAUCCGGCCGGUCAUGCAGGAGCUGCUGCACGUGGUGAAGGAGACGGAGAACGACGACCUGACCAACGUCAUCCAGAAGAUGAUCUGCGAGUACAACCAGGAGGUGGCUGCCAUCGCCGUGGACAUGACGCAGAACCUGGCCGAGAUCUUCACUAAGGUCCUGCAGAGCGAGGAGUACGAGGAGAACGAGGACAAGACCGUCAUGGCUCUGGGCAUCCUGAGCACCAUCGACACCAUCCUCACCGUCAUGGAGGACCACAAGGAGAUCACUCAGCAGCUGGAGGGGAUUUGCUUGCAGGUGAUCGGCCUGGUCUUGCAGAAGCCCAUCAUAGGUAUGGCAGAGUUUUAUGAGGAGAUCCUGUCGCUGGCGUUCGGCCUGACCUGCCAGACCAUCUCCCCCCAGAUGUGGCAGCUGCUGGGCGUCCUGUACGAGGUCUUCCAGCACGACUGCUUCGACUACUUCACAGAUAUGAUGCCUCUUUUGCACAACUACGUUACCGUGGAUACGGACAUGCUCUUGUCCAACCCCAAGCACUUAGAAGUCAUCUACACCAUGUGCAAAAAGGUGUUGACCAGUGAUGCAGGCGAGGAUGCUGAGUGUCACGCCGCCAAGCUGCUGGAGGUCAUCAUCCUGCAGUGCAGAGGCCGAGGCAUCGACCAGUGCAUCCCUCUGUUCGUGGAGGCCGUGUUGGAGCGCCUGACGCGGGGGGUGAAGUCGAGCGAGCUGAGGACCAUGUGCCUGCAGGUGGCCAUCGCCGCCCUGUACUACAACCCGGCCCUGCUCAUCCACACGCUGGACAACAUGCACUUCCCCCACAACCCCCAGCCCAUCACCGCGCACUUCAUCAACCAGUGGAUGAACGACACCGAGUUCUUCCUGGGGCUCCACGACCGUAAGAUGUGCAUCAUCGGCCUGAGCGUGCUGAUGGAGCUGCCCAGCCGGCCGGCGGUGGUGGAGGGGGUCGCCGCGCAGAUCGUCCCCUCCAUCCUGCUCCUCUUCCUGGGCCUGAAGCACCUGUACGCCUCCCGCCUCCUCAACAAGCCGGACCUGCUGGGCCGCGCGGGGGCUCAGGACGAAGACCAGAACGAGGAGAUUCCCAGCGACGAAGACGAGGUGAACGAGAACCGCACGGCCAUGCAGCAGCAGUCCAGCACGCCGGCGGGCCAGGGGGGCGACGACGACGAGGACGAGGACGACGACGACUACUGGGACGAAGAGGGCUUCGAGGGAACGCCCCUGGAGGAGUACAGCACGCCGCUGGACUACGACAACGGAGAGGACGAGUACCAGUUCUUCACCUCUGCCCUGCUCAGGGUCCAGAACAGCGACGCGGGCUGGUACCAGUCUCUGACGGCCCCCCUCAGCGACGACCAGAAGAAGCAGCUGCAGGAGAUCUACAGCCUGUCGCAGCAGAGGAGGAGCACCGCCGCCAAGGGCCAAUGAGCGCUGAGCGGCAGCAGCAGCAGGUGGGGACUGCAGGAUCGUCUGACCUGAUCUGACGUGGAUUCAACCCCCCCACACACACAGCUGAACUGAACUGAACUGAGGAGAGGAGAAGAGAAUGGGAUGAGACGGGACGGGACGGGACAGUUUCGGUCCAGAUCAGAUCAGAUCAGACUUUAACGGAUCCCAACACAAACCAGGUUCCAGACGUCAUCAGAACUGGGCCGGGCGGCGGGGACUGUUCUGGGGCGGCACGUCAGUCCAGAACCCGGGACUCUGUGAGGAACCACAGCCCCGACUGGACUAUUCCUACCACCAGGACAGGACCGCUGGUCUGUGUGUGUGUGCGUGUGUGUGCGUGUGUGUGUGUGUGUGUGUGUGUGUUUGGACUCCAGAGAAAGGUCUGCAUUAUAUAUAUUUCAUCGACCAGCAAAAUUCAUUUGUUCUUGUACAGUGCAGUCCUUUGGUCUGUGACUCGGUAACUGUGUUUACGUACGUGUGUGUGCAUGAGUCCCUGAGAAAUAGUGUGUGUGUGUGUGUGUGUGUGCGUGUGUGUGUGUGUGAUGUAUGUACUGUACACGCCGUCUUCGUCUCUCUAUAGCCCAACAGUUUUUCUCAUCUCAUGAAGAGAGGGCAUACGGUUAGCGAUGUCUGUCAGGGUGCCUUGUACGCGGACUGUGGAUGGACAGGAAAUGACUGAGGUCAAAGGUCGAAGGCCCGCGACCUGCGGCUGUGAUCGUGUCACACACAUGAAAUGUAAAACGGGAGAGGGGUCUCGGGAUAAGCAGAUUUUUUUUUUUUUCUCUUUUUUCUGUUUGUCCCUGGGUUUUUGUUUUUGUAUUGGUUUUCAGAACUAACUUAAGAAAAAUCAUAAAAGUCCAUGUAACAUC